AUGGGUAGUACUGCUCAUCGACCUGUGACGCGAAGUACAGAUCGCGGUAUCCAGGACCAAAUCUCAGCAAGCCUAUCCGCCGGAACCUGCCCAUCUCGUGAGAUACAAGUUCAAGUAACAAACAACCUCUUCGAAGUAUCAUUCGUUUUAAAGCUCCCCGAACCAUGA